AUGGCCGAGGGUGUGGAGCGGCGCCUGGGCAACCUGACCAUCUUCAGCCGCGAGGACUUCGAGGACAACUGGCGCCAGGUGGCCAGCGGUGGCUUUGGCCAGGUGUUCCAGGUGCGCCACAAGUGCUGGCGGACCCACUACGCCAUCAAGUGCUCCCCCUGCCUCCUGACGGACGCCCACAGCUCUGAUGUGAAUUGUCUCAUUGAGGAAGCGGCCAAAAUGGAGAAGAUCAAGUUUCAGCACAUCGUGUCCAUCUAUGGGGUGUGCAAGCAGCCCCUGGGCAUUGUGAUGGAGUUCAUGGUCAACGGCUCCCUGGAGAAGAUACUGCCCACUCAAAGCCUCUGCUGGCAGCUCAAGUUCCGCCUCAUCCAUGAGACCAGCCUGGCCAUGAACUUCCUUCACAGCAUUAAGCCUCACCUGCUGCACCUGGAUCUUAAGCCGGGCAACAUCCUCCUGGACAGCAACAUGCACGUCAAGAUUUCGGACUUUGGCCUGUCCAAGUGGCUGGAACAGUCGACCCGGAUGCAGUACAUUGAGAGGUCAGCUCUGCGGGGCACCCUCAGCUACAUCCCCCCAGAGAUGUUUCUGGAUAGUAACCAGGCCCCAGGAUUCAAAUAUGAUGUAUACAGCUUCGGGAUAGUCAUCUGGGAGAUCCUCACGCAGAAGAAACCAUAUUCAGGCUUCAACAUGAUGAACAUCAUCGUGCAAGUGGCCAUGGGCGUGCGGCCCUCCCUGCAGCCCAUCUUGGAGGACUGGCCGGGUGAGGUCCACCAGAUGGCAGACCUGAUGAAGCGUUGCUGGGACCAGGACCCCAAGAAGAGGCCAUGCUUCUCAGACAUCACAGUGGAGACGGACAUGCUGCUGUCCCUGCUCCAGAGUGCCGUGGCUGACCCGGAGAGUGAGGGCCUGGCCAGGAAAGUGUCCUGUAAGCCGUUGCUGCGCCGGUCCCCGGAGGUCAAUGAGGACGUCCGCCAGGAGCUGACAGACAGUGACUCAGGAGACUACUGGAAGUGGGCGCUGCAGUUGUCGGACAGCGAGAGCUUGGUCCCCAGCGAUGAGGAACUGGGCAUCUAUGAGAACAAGGUCACCCCCCUCCACUUCCUGGUGGCACAGGGCAGCUUGGAGCAGGUGAAGCGGUUGCUGGCCCACGAGGUGGACGUGGACUGCCAGACAGCCUGUGGGUACACGCCCCUCCUCAUCGCCGCGCAGGACCAGCAGCCCGACCUCUGUGCCCUGCUCCUGGAGCACGGGGCAGACCCUAACCUGGCAGACGAGGACGGCUGGGCCCCGCUGCACUUCGCAGCCCAGAAUGGGGACGACCGCACCGCCCGCCUGCUCCUGGACCACGGGGCUCACGUGGAUGCCCAGGAGCACGAGGGCUGGACCCCGCUGCACCUGGCCGCGCAGAACAACUUUGAGAACGUGGCCCGGCUCCUGGCCUCCCGUCAGGCUGACCCCAACCUGCGUGAGACCGAAGGCAAGAGCCCUCUCCACGUGGCUGCCUACUUCGGUCACAUCAGCCUGGUCAAGCUGCUGACAGGGCAGGGGGCCGAGUUGGACGCUCAGCAGAGAAACCUGCGGACUCCGCUGCACCUGGCCGUGGAGCAGGGCAAAGUGAGGGCCAUUCAGCACCUGCUCAAGAGUGGGGCGACCCCUGACGCCCUUGACCAUGGCGGCUAUGGUCCACUGCACAUCGCGGCCGCCAGGGGCAAGUACCUGAUAUGCAAGAUGCUGCUCAGGCAUGGGGCCAGCACUGAGCUGGCCACCCAGCAGGGCUGGACACCACUGCACCUAGCGGCCUACAAGGGCCACCUGGAGGUGAUCCACCUGCUGGCAGAGAGUCACGCUGACCUGGAUGCUCAUGGGGGCAUGAACUGGACUCCCUUGCACUUGGCAGCGCGCCAUGGGGAGGAGGUGGUGGUGCUGACCCUGCUGCGGUGUGGGGCGGAUCCCAAUGCCUCUGAACAGUCUGGCUGGAUGCCGUUGCACCUGGCCGUCCAAGGAGAAGCCUUCCUGAGUGUCAUCCACCUCCUGGAACACCAUGCCGAGGUCCAGGCCUGCAACAGGGUGGGCUGGACAGCCGCCCACCUGGCUGCCCUCAAGGGCAAUGCGGCCAUCCUCAAAGUGCUGGUCAAGGCCGGUGCCCGGCUGGACACCCAGGAUGGGGUGGGCUGCACACCCCUGCAGCUGGCCUUCCGGAGCCAAAGGCAGGGCAUUGUCGCCUUCCUGGAGGGCAAGGAGCCCACAGUGCCCGUUCUGGGUGGUGCUGAGCCAGGGGCUCAGACAGAGGUUUAG